UUUCUUGGGUUACUGUCCCCAGAUUUACACUUACUUUCUUCUUCUUGGGAUGUCCGCAACCCCACCCUCGCUCCCAACAAUCCAAUCCCACGGUUCUACUAUAUAUAUGGUAUCUAUCUAUCGUUUACACUGCCCACAGAAGCUUAAACCCUUGUAACUUUACCCCCACAAAUGAAUCAACUCUCUUAAUUCAUCCCUUUCUUUCAGUCCCAUAAACACACACAAUUACAUACAUAGAUAUAUAUAAAAUGGCAGAGUUAGAGUAUCAAAGUAAAACAUGCCAUAACAGCACAAGUAAUGGAGUCUUGAAGCUCUUUGGUUUUAACGUAAUAGAAGAAGAAGAGGUAGAAUCCACCAAAAGAAGAUCAGGGUCACCGGAGUCCGGUGGUUUUCCGACCUCUGACGGCCGGAAAUACGAGUGCCAGUACUGCUUCCGGGAGUUUGCCAAUUCACAGGCCUUAGGUGGCCAUCAAAACGCCCACAAGAAAGAGAGGCAACAAUUGAAACGUGCACAAAUGCAAGCAAACAGAAACGCAACCGUGUCUUACAUGAGAAACCCUAUAGUCUCCGCCUUUGCUCCGCCUCCUCAUCUACUUUCUCCGUCGGGUCCGGUGGUUCUUCCUGCGGCGGUUCAGCCUUCUCCAUCGUGGGUUUACGUUCCACGCGCCGCACAUCCCUUACAUGUGUCGCAUGGGUGCGUGUUUUCCGCAUCUACAACUGGGAGGGGUGUAGGGAGCUUAUCUUAUGCCAGCAGUGCAGGGGAGUCCAGCUUGACAAGUGUUGCGGGUCAACCCGUUAAAGCCCACAGCGGGAAGCUGGAUGGGCCUUCGUUAAGUAGAUUUUCUAGACCAGGUGAUGGGCCUAAUUUCGAUGAUACAUUCGGGCUUGAUUUGCAUCUCAGCCUCGCGCCAGCCGAGCCAUAAGUUGAGCAGAGACUUAGCCACAUCUUUGACAGGGAAGAUCGCAUGUUAUUGGACAUAAUUGAAUUAAAAAACGAGUUAAAAUCCUAUUCAGUGUAUCGUCCAGUCCAACUGUUGCACAGAAAGGUACUACAUGGCUUGGGAGCUCAGGAGUUCAGACUCGAGAUAAGGUUGGCUUGGCUAAUCAGCUAGCUAAAAAGCCGAAGUUAAAUUUAUGCGUAGGGUAGUAAGAGUUUGUACAUUUUAAGAUUUAUUUCUCGAGGAAAAUUUUCUAGAUGCACUGGCGAUCUCAUCAUUUUGAUUCUAA